CUGAUUUCUAUCCGAGUACACCUUUCAGACGACAACGUGAGCAGUCGACAUGCGGGUUCGGAGAACGGGCAGGGUACUUUCUUGACAUAUGAAGCUAGAACUCUGUGUCGCAUUCUUAAAAAAGUACCGGACACAGGAUAUGCGCUAGAGAGGAUCACGAAGACCUCAAAACAUCCGAUAUGCCACUUAUAUCUCCCAGCCUGUUGCUUGGAUCAACCAUGUGGUAGCUGCCCAAAAGCUUGAAGCAUACACAAGCAUUAUCCGCACAGCUUAUGGCGGAGUUCUACACCAACCACUGAGAGAAGAAAGCACUGAAAACAGCAAUGAAUUGCGAAGACAAAAGACCUCAGUUCGGACAACGGUACCUCACUGAUAAGGAGAAGGUCUUUGAGCAUAACGCAUGGGAUGAUGUAGUUUGGACUCAAGAGCAGCUAGACGCAGCUCAGAAAAAGAUCUCAGAAAAUGCGGAGGAAAAGGUAGAUGCUGCACAGAAAGAGGAGUACGAGAAAGAUGCUGUGCAAUACUGGGACAAGUUCUAUGGCAUCCACAGCAACCGUUUCUUCAAGGACCGCCACUGGCUCUUUGUGGAAUUUCCCGAACUUCUCCCAGAAAAUGCGCCUCCCACUGUCACUGAAAAUGACUCUCUGCCGGCUGCAACGUUUCCGGGCUCAACAUCAAGGUUCAGAGUUUUGGAAGUGGGGUGUGGAGUUGGAAAUACAGUAUUCCCGAUCUUGGAAAUAAAUAAGGACCCAGGGUUGUUUUUGUACUGUUGCGACUUCUCCGAAACGGCUGUGUCAGUGCUCAAGGAACACAAGGAAUACGAUCCCCAGCGAUGCCUAGCCUUUGUGUGCGAUGUUACUCGAGAAAAUUGGGAUGCACCGUUUCCAAACGAAAGCCUGGAUAUCAUUAUCCUUAUCUUCGUGCUGAGUGCAGUCAGCCCCGAUAAAAUGCAGGGAGUCAUCAAUCGUGCAGCGCAAUACCUGAAGCCCGGUGGCUGCAUAAUCUUUCGGGACUACGGGCGCUUCGAUAUGGCACAGCUUCGUUUCAAGCGCGGACGGUGUCUCAGCGACAACUUCUACGUCCGAGGAGAUGGUACCAGGUGCUACUUCUUUACGCAAGAUGAACUGAAGGAGAUGUUUGAGAAGGCUGGGCUAUAUGAAGAACUCAAUCAUCUGGACCGAAGGCUGCAAGUCAACAGAGGGAAGCUGCUACAGAUGUACAGGGUUUGGGUACAAGCUCGCUACAGAAAGCCACUUGUGGUGACGAAGGAGACUCUUGACCCCGUCUUACCACAAACAGACAAGGGGCAUUAAAACGUUUUUAAACGAGA